AAUAACAACAACAACAGAACAACAACAAACCAAAACAACUGCGGAUUUUGAACUCCCAAAGAGAAAACGAGAUCACCUUACCAGAAUGGAAAACAUAGUUUCACUUAGGAAUAUACCAUGGUUAAUGGAAGAACCAGUAGACCUACGAGAAUACUUUGAGGACUAUCAUACUCUGCUUGACAAAACUACCAACACCGAACAUCAAAGGGUUGGUAAUGAAAAUGCUGUAUUAGAUUUCUUGAACCUGCCAGAACAGAAACCAGGUCCUGAUGGCAUUGCUACUAAUGUCAACAAUCAGAAAUUGUUGGAGGAAUGUAGUGUUGAUCUGCUGAGUGUGGCUGAUGAACUGACACCCCAAGAGCCAGUGACAAAGCAUUCUGUCCAGUCAGGCCGCAUAGUCAGCUGGUUUGCUGGAACCUUUCAGGAUGGGGUCAUCCCGGCAAGAGCGGAGGAAAAGCUAAAAACAUUAAAGGCUCAAGCACAUGAAUUACAUCUACGUGAAUCGGUGCCGGAUUACUUACGGCUUCGACACAGGCUGCUGAAGUAUGCCUCCACUGUUCGCAUGGUGACAGAUGAAGAAAAUAGUCCUGAGCCAACAACCAUCACCAAAGAGAAUUGCAAACGUUUGAGAGACAUUGUUCUCAACAUUCGCAUCCAGAGGCCUUACCACAAGAAAACACACAUGAAAAAAGCAUGCAAUCGAUUUCCAUCACACAGUCAAGAACUACUAGUACUGGGGUCACAGAAGCUGACAGAGCUACGGGAUGCAAUCAACUGCAUCAAUGACCUGGGUGUCAAUGAGGACCUCUCUGUUGAUCCAGAGUUCCAUCAUCUUUCAUAUAUGAGGAAUAAUUCUACCAAAUUUCCUUCUGGAUUUUUCUACAUCAAUGGUGUUUUUUAUGACGACCUUCGCCAAGAGGGAUCGAAACGUUACAGUGAAAGCAUUAUUAACUGGGCAAAGAAGCACCCAGAGAUUGGUGAGAUGAGAGCAGAAAGCAUGAGUGAGACAACUUUCCUUGACUUGAAGGUGCGUCUAGGCUACCCAUAUAUCUUUCUGCAUCAAGGAAAUUGUGAACACAUUAUCAUCUUCACAGAUGUCAGAUUACACCACCAGAAUGAUGUCCCAGAUCCCCAACGCUUCCCUCUGUUACGUGGGCAAGCAUCAAAACUUUCAGUCAAGUGUGUCAUCUGUUCUUUAAACUUAGCUAACUGGAUCGUGUUGGAUGAACCCCGCCUGCCCAUAGCAGUGUCCCACGUGUGCCAUCGCUGCCUCAAGAUGUUCUGUUAUAACCAUAAGGGUGAAAAGAUAAAUGAUUUCAAAGUCUAUCCCUUCUUCGAUGAAUUUCUCUCACAGCAAAAGAAGCCCCAUACCACUUGAUUUUUUUUCUUUUUUCUUUCUUUCUUUAUAUUUUUCUUUAUUCAUAUUUUGAUGAUAGUAAUUAUUUUUUUGUACUCAUACAUAUUUGAAAGAAUGGUCCAAGAUUUCAAGAUAUGAUUAAUAUUAAUUUUAGGGUUUCUUAAUCUUGCAACUGCAAUGUCAUAAAACAGAGACCAUCAAGGUAUGUCUACAACAUAUGAUGAGAGAGAUUUAUUUUGAAUCAAGCAUGUUACAUAUUGCCUCCAUAUGAAACAGAAGCAGACAGCAGAUGAUUCAAUAAGGAAAGAAGUGAAGAGAAAGUAAUAAUGGGAUUAUAGUUACUACCCUUUGACAUGCAGUUAGCGGGCCCUCCGCCAUCUGGUGUUGUUAGGGAAGCAUUCUUUUCUCCAAAGAUGUGUUUCACUCUUGUGCCAGUGUCUAUUAUUUGUUGUGAAUGCUUUGAAGAAAGAAUAUUCAAAAUGAAGCAAGGUUACCUUAUUUUUUCUUAAAGAUGGAAUAAUUUUGUUGAUGAUGUUUUAAGAUUUAGUAUAAAGCUACAAAUAUGUGUUAUCAAAUUUAAUAUCCAUUAACAGUUUCUUUAUUCCCUCAUUGUGACAUGUAAGUUUUUUCAUACUCAGUAUUUGUUUCAAAUAAAAUAGAAAAGAU